AUGGCGACGCCCAUUGAUGAAAACGUGGAAGUUCGACAUACUGGUGACAAAAAGGGCCGUGGUCUAUUUUCUAAGACAUCAUUUGAAAAGGGUGAGGUGAUUUUUGAGGAAAAGCCCUUAGUGUCUGCCCAGUUUUCCUGGAAUGAGCUGUACAAGUACCGAGCUUGUGAAUUCUGCAUGUGUCCUCUGGAAACAGCGGAGGAAAACAGCCGCCGACUAACCGAUAAUUCAAGUCUGAUUCUUCCUUUCCCGCAGUGCUGUGAGGUGAAACCAUCCGAGUUUGUGUCAUGUCCAAACUGUCAGGUGACCUAUUGUUGUGCUAGUUGUCAGCAGAAGGCGUGGUCGACCUACCAUGAGGUUCUGUGUACGAGGCAGUCCCCACCAGACCCAGACCACCCCCUCAUCAGGCUGCAGGAUAGAUGGAGAAAUAUCCAUUAUCCACCAGAAACCUCUACUAUCUUGCUGGUAGUCAAGAUGGUGGCCAUGAUAAAACAGGCCAGUGACAAGUCUGACAUUAUCAGACGCUUUUCUCAGUUUGUGAAUACGACAGUCAAUGAAGAUGACCAGAUAGUGCACAAGUUGUUAGGAAAACAGUUUCAGGAACAACUUGAGCUGUUACGUUCCCAGACUAAGGAUACCAUCUAUGAAGAAAAUGUUCAGCAG